AUGGCUUAUCCAGCACGCUUUCAGGCACCACAAGCCAAUGCGCUGCGGCUGUCCUACUCGCCAGGUCACACGCCAUUGCCACAAAAGCCGCGCAUGAUAAUACAACUGCCAUCGUGGAAGAAAAUACGACGCACGGCCGCGCGAGUUCAGCGCUUCCGCCUGGAACUGGCCUUCCGCUUCGGCCAGAGCACGACUAUACACGGCGUCAAUCGGUUGUUCAGUAGGCGCGCUGGAAAGUGCGAACGCUGCGUCUGGUUCUUCACCGUCAUGCUUGCUCUGCUUGGCGCCAUUUACGUCAGUCACUUGCUCUCUGAUCGCUUUAGCGAAGGACGACUGGAGACUGUGGUGGAUAGCACGCGCUGGCCCGUCUAUCACAUUCGCUUUCCGGUUACCAUUUGCAAUGAGAACCAACUGAAUUGGGAAAGGCUGGAAGAAGCCAAGCGGCGUUAUCUGAAGCCCGAUGUAACGGCGAAAACUCAAGAACUCUUUGAGCUUGUUGUUGCUAGUUUUGAUCACAUAAAGUUUGCCGGCUUUCAGAGUUUUAUGAAAUUCGAAAACAUCUCUCUCGAUCCGUUGAACUACGUCAACUUCACCGAAGUAAUGAUGUUUAUGACUUGGCGUUGCGAGGAGUUCUUGAGUCAUUGUGUGUGGAAUCAUUUCCCCAUGAACUGUUGUGACAUCUUCUCAUUGCGACGCAGCAAAAAUGGUCUUUGUUGGGCUUUCAACACCGUGGAAACGGAUGAGGGACGUCAAAAGCAAAAAGUUGAGAGGCUUUGGCCUUGGCAUACAGGCGCGGCCGGUCCGGGUAGUGGUCUCAUGGUACGCGUACAUGUCAAUUCUGAGAGGCACUAUCCGAGAACCACCACGGAGAAGGGUGUAAAUGUUAUGAUCGUAGAGCCAACCGUGUGGCAUAAAGAACCGAUGACCAUACCAGAAAAUACACACACAAUGAUUGAAGUGGAGCCCGUCGUUUAUUUCUAUGACAAUAACACGCGUGGAUUGGGUUCUAAGUUGAGAGAAUGCAUUUUCGAUGAUGAAGGGUACCCUGACAAUAUUCGCACACUUCAAGGAUACGUUUAUAUGCUUGAAAAUUGCCAAUCGGAGUGCCAUCAACAGUACUUGGUGAAUUUUUGUAACUGUACGUUGGAUUUGCUAUUUCCACCUGGACCCUAUCCCAGCUGUCAAGCGAAGGACCUGUUGUGUUUGGCGCAGAAUAACGAACGCUUUGCAUACUCUCAUCGAGAGGAGGAGAAAUUAUAUGUACGCAACUAUCACGAGGGCAUGGUGUGUGAGUGUUUCCGCAAUUGCUACUCGCUCAACUAUGUGGCGGAUGCGCGUCCAUCAUUUCUAUCACCGGAAAUGCGCGGCAAUCAGUCAUAUGUUGAUUUGGACAUACAUUACCGUUUCGAGACAAUGAUGGUUUAUCGCACAAGUUUAAUCUUCGGCUGGGUGGACUUGAUGGUCGCCUUUGGUGGCAUUGCUGGUCUCUUUCUCGGCUGCUCGCUGAUUAGCACUAUGGAGUUGGCCUACUUUUUGCUCGUCGACCUGCCCACCUUUGUGCUGCAAAAAUAUCGCAACAAUAAGAGUAAAAUGCAGGAAAAGCAACGUUCGGGUGUUGAGCCCUUGCAACAAUUGCAAAUGAAAAAUAAUAACUGGAAACAAAUUCAGCAGUUUAAUAUGAAAAGCCAACUAAUACAACCACAAAGCUAUGACAGUCUUUACAACAAUACUAAGAUGAACAAAAAGCUGUCGCUUAUCACAGACUGGCAGACACCACAAAUCGCUAAAAUACAAUACUAGAAAAACUUAUAAACAAAAUAAAUAUUUGUUGUAAAACUUAAUGGAAUUUAACUACAAAAAUACCAAAAAAAUAACAAUUUAAGUCGAAUAUAUAUGUGUAUUAAAUGUAAUGAGCUGUGUUCGAUUCGACAUUUUUAUGCUCGCGCUCUUGUCACAAAAUUUACAUGUAAUUGCAGCAACAAUGUUAUCAAAUUGAAUUCGAUAUGCGUUAAAGUGCUAUGUUUUUUUUUUUUAUUUCGAUACCAGAUCGUUUUAAGAUACUAUUAUUAUUUUAGACCAAUCUAACUGUUGUGAGUAGUUAAAAUUCACAUUUUUUCAGAAAUUUUAAAAGCAUGUGACUUGAAAUAAUUUAUAAUUGUUAAUAGAAAUCAAAACUAAGAAAUAGAAGAAACAAAACUCGAAAAUAAUAAUUUUGCCACCAAAGAAAGAAGCGCAAUGCGCCAGAGCAGGCCUGCACGGCAAGUGCUCCCCGUUUGUUUCAGCAUCUGGUUUAUUCAAUGCACUACGCUCCAACACUUGGCGUAUAGAAGAGAGCUAAUAAUGGAAAGAAAUAGAAAUUAUUAUGGUUAAAUUACUAUUAUUCGUCAAAAUUAUAAAUUUAAUUAAAUGUUGAACAAAAGCUAAAAAAAUUUAUACCAGAGCUUAUCGAAAUUAUACCGAGAAAAUGAUGAUUUAUGAUACAAGUAAUUAUGACAAAUAUUUUUUAAAAAUUAUAGCAAA